AUGAAUCCUUUGUUUCCAACUCAAAACCCGUUACCCACGUCAGCUGCUGCGACUGCUUUCGCCAUGGACCCUUACUCGUGGGAUCUUACUUCUCUCGAAGACAACAUUGAAGCACAGAAACUACUUGCUGCAGCGAUAGCUUCUAAUGAUCGUUACAGAUAUGAGGAAGACGCAAAGAGGAAAUUAGACCUGUUGGAAGACUUUAUUCAACAGACUCCAACCAAAGCAAGUCAUAAUCUAAACGUUUCGUCUGUUCCUCAUCCGGAUCUCUCUACUCAAGACCCGGGAGAGUUGAGCAAUUCACCAACACUGUCAGAACAUUCGUCUGAGCCACAGAAGAAAAAGCCCGGAAGGAAACCACUUACAAAUACUCCAAGCUCUAAACGCAAGGCGCAAAACAGAGCUGCACAGCGAGCGUUCCGUGAACGAAAAGAACGCUAUGUCAAAGAGCUCGAAAAUAAAAUCAAAGCAUUAGAAUCACAAUCUGCCAAGAGCGUUCAAGAGAAUGAAAAACUCAAGGCGCUAGUAGAACAGUUACGAGAAGAGAACAGUUUACUCAAACAGUCCAACUUUUCAUUUGAUUUUACCGUCUCCAGCGCGUCUAGAAGUACUGCCGAUAUAGACAAGAAGAUUAGCGAUUUUGUUGGACAGCCACCCAGAGUCUCGACUACAGUUGGUCAACCAGACGUGUGCACACCUCCAUCAUCGCAGAAUAGUGACGAAGAGGCAAGUACGCCUGCAAGCAGCGUGGGACAGGCAGGCAACUUGCAACCGAUCGAAGCGGGAACUCCUUUUAGCAAUUUUUCCAAUUCUCCUCAGAUAUCGACGUAUGACUUUGUCAUUGUCGACGAUGAUAUGUCAGCUUCAGAAGUUGCGCCGCUGCCCAAGCCAACUAAACAGUCGUCCGCUAAGCCACAGUCUGCAAAGGAAUUUUGCCAGAAAUUCACUAAUGGAGUAUGCCCAGAUGACUUGGAUGACGAUAACGAAACGUCCGAUUCACACAAGAGGUCGUCUUCCGGUGCAUUCACACAAUAUAGAGAUCCGACGCCGUUCACCGUCAGUAUUGAUGCUCCAUUUUCAAACGCAGAACCGUUGGGUCCAUUAUUUGAAGAGAACUUUGAAGAGUUUGGAUCAUAUGCUCCGAUGGCAGACUCAGCAACGCCAACGUCAGACAUAAGGGAUGCGCUUUUUACUGCCCUGAGUAAUCAUGGGAACGGCUUUGCAUCAUUAGAGGAUAUACGGGAUAAGAAAUAUUUAUCGUGUAAUAAAGUGUGGGAGAGAAUUCAACAACACCCAAAGUUUGACGACUUGGAAGAUGACGAGAUGGAUCAAUUGUGCAAUGAACUUAAAGCUAAAGCAAGAUGUUCUGGACAUGGCCCAGUAGUAGCCGAAGAAGAGGUGGAUGCUGCGCUGGUAAAGUUGUCAGAUUGA